ACAAAAAGGCGCAACGCCGACGGGGCCGCCGCCACUUUAUAGAGGAGACUCGAGAGAAGGAGACACCCCCUUCCUUCCCUCCCUCCCUUCCCCUCGGCUGCCCCGCGAACUUGGCCGAAGCUUACUCCAGAGGCGGCGGCGGCGGCGGGUCGGUGCUUGGUUCUCCUCGUUUGGAGGCGGCUUCGCCGUUUGGAAGCGGCAGUGCCGGGGCGCCCCGGACGGGCGCUGGCUGGCUUGGCCGCUUCUGGCGCCCCCGCCCGAUGGGGUGGGAAUCCCGCCGAGGGCUUUCCCCGGCCGCUCUCUCCGAGAGCCGGCAGCAGCAGCAGCAGGAGCAGCCUCGUCGCCGUCCGGGGAAGGAGGCAGCCGGGCGGAGGAGAUGCCGGAGGGCAACGCCAGCUGCCCGGAUUGCCGCUUCCACCGCGAGGCGCGCCACUCGCUCGCCGCCGUCCUGAUCUUCACCAUCGUGGUCGACAUCCUGGGCAACGUGCUGGUGAUCCUGUCCGUGCUGAGGAACCGGAAGCUCCGCAACGCCGGUAACGUCUUCGUGGUCAGCCUUUCCGUGGCAGAUCUUGUGGUGGCUGUGUACCCAUACCCUCUCACCUUGAGUGCCAUUUUCCACGAUGAAUGGACCCUGGGACAUGUUCAUUGCCAGGUCAGUGGUUUCUUCAUGGGCUUGAGCGUGAUCGGUUCGAUUUUCAACAUCACCGCCAUCGCCAUCAACCGGUACUGUUACAUUUGCCACAGCCUCCGCUACGACCGGCUCUUCAAUCUGAAGAACACCUAUGGGUAUCUCUGCCUGACGUGGGUGCUGACCUUGAUGGCCAUCGUGCCAAAUUUUUUUGUGGGCUCCUUGCAAUACGACCAUCGGAUUUAUUCGUGCACUUUUGCUCAGACGGUCAGCAUGUCGUACACCAUCGCCGUCAUCGUGAUCCAUUUCCUCCUGCCGCUCUCCAUUGUGACUUUCUGCUACCUUCGGAUCUGGAUCUUGGUUAUUCAGGUCAAGCACCGAGUGAGGCACGACUGCAAGCAGAAAGUCAGAGCGGCCGACGUCCGGAAUUUCCUGACCAUGUUUGUCGUCUUCGUCCUUUUUGCGGUCUGCUGGGGCCCCUUAAACUUCAUUGGCUUGGCGAUCUCCAUUAAUCCUUCCAAAAUCGCACCGCAGAUACCAGAGUGGCUUUUUGUGGUGAGCUACUUUAUGGCUUACUUUAACAGUUGCUUGAACGCUGUGAUAUAUGGCCUCCUCAACCAAAAUUUCCGGAAGGAAUACAAAAGAAUCCUCGUCUCUCUCUGGACUCCACGGUUGCUGUUUGUCGAUAUCUCCAAAGGUGGGACGGAGGGGAUCAAAAGCAAACCAUCCCCUGUGGUGACAAAUAAUAACAACAACCAAGCUGAAAUAUACUUGUAAAUGGAAGGAAAUCUAUUUAUGCUGCUCCAUCUGCACUGUGUCAAAUACAGUACCCUAUAAAGCUCUUGC